AUGCCACCACCAUCAGCCAAUCAACCACUUAUAUAUCGUCUCCAGACUCUAGUCAAGCAUCCACAAUUCGUCUGGUGGAUAGGACAUCUUUGCGUCAUUCUUUGCACGUCACUCUACUACUUGUCUUUUCUUACCUUGUCGCUGGAGAGUGCACGUUUCUAUUAUUAUUGGGUGUAUCGAGGUGCGGUGUUGAGUUAUAGCGUCGUGGUCUAUAAGUUAUACGGGUUUCCUCGAUUGGAUUGGGAUUAUUUCCAGCGCAUCAACAGAGAUGAGAAUGUGUUUUACCUGGCGUUAGCGGUAGUUUGGUUCUUCAACCCGCCAAUCUUCGUCACUCCAAUACCGUAUGCCACAUUCUCCUUGUUCCACUUGAUCACAUACUUCCGCUCUUUUAUUAUCCCGGCUUUUGUGCCCGCCGCGGCGUCAUCCGCUGUCAAUUCCAACUCGCCUGCUACCGGAAAUGCAAAAACAUUUAUCAACAUAUCAAAGGGAAUCCAGAAUUGGGUUCUGAAAAAUUACGAGGUUGCUAUGCGAACCGUGAGCUUUGCUGAAGUUGUGGUUAUCACGACUUCGUUGUUGACGUAUAUUUUGAUUUUCAAAGUCAGAGUCUUUACACUAUUUCUAUACCUAACAUUCCUUCGAUUCCGAUAUCACAUGAAUCCAUAUACAAAAGACGCGUUUUCAAACGUCAGACAACGAUUAGACGUCUGGCUAUUGCCGCCAACAGCAGACUCUCGAAUUCCUCCGUAUGUGACAAAAGCUUAUCGACAUCUUAAGACAGCAAUCACUUAUUUUGGUCAAUUACAAUCCCAACAACCGAGUGCGAGGUGA